GGAACAGGCUGGUAUAAACCGAGAGGACAGGAGAGGGAGAGGAGGAGAGGGGAAAGGGAAGAAAAGCUGCUGCUCCAGAUGCAAUAAGAAGCGUCCCUGCUGGUUCUCCAUUCUGCAUCCGUGCAGCCACGUUCUAUUGAUGGCCUGUUGUGAUUUCAAUGGAACAUCAUGGGAUGUACCUGGCACGUCGGGCAGCACUGGAUGGAGGUGCCUUUAGCCCAAUGUACCUGGCAUGGUGGUAGGGUGAAGGUGAGAGGACGAGAAGGUGGAGAUGGAACUGCCAAAUCAUGCCAAACAACUGCUACUGCAGCUGAACCAGCAACGAGCCAAAGGUUUCCUCUGUGAUGUGAUCAUUGUGGUAGAAAAUGCCCUGUUUCGUGCCCAUAAGAACAUCCUGGCAGCCAGCAGCAUGUAUUUCAAAUCCCUUGUCCUGCAUGACAACCUGAUAAACUUAGACACGGACAUGGUGAACCCCACCGUGUUCCGGCAGAUCUUGGACUUUAUUUAUACUGGCAAGCUCUUAACGACUGACCAGCCUGGUGAACAGAACUUUAAUGCUCUCCUCACCGCAGCAAGCUACCUCCAACUGCACGACCUGGCAGCUCUCUGCAGAAAGAAGCUGAAGCGGAACGGCAAGUCCUUUGCUGGCAAGGCCGGUGGCCUUGGUGUUGGGAGAUCUGCCAGGAGUCAGAGACUUUCCACUGCUUCAGUCAUCCAAGCUCGCUAUUCAGGGUCAAAUGAGGGGUUGAAGGGCUCGCACUCAAAGGAGCUGUCAAAGGGAAAGCUCUCUGAUGACGAGGUCUUCAUCAGCAGCUCCAACCAAGAGAACUGUCACUCCUUAAGCAGGGGAACCAGCAAGAACGGCGGUGGGAGCAGCAGUGCGAACGGGAGCACCGCUGACCAGGAACUGGGCCUUGACCUGUCCAAAAAAAGCCCCUCGCUCCCUGCCGCAGCCUCCCACGAUGACACGCAGCACAGCGAAAGCCAGCACGGCUCUCCCCAAUCUGCCUCAGCCCCUGCAGCCAACAGUGCCUCAUCGUUCGACGAGCCUGGCGUCGGAGCCCCCCACAGCAUGGCGGACAGCAGCGACCCCAUGGAGAUGGAUCUGAGUGAGGAGUGCCACCACUCACUGACAGAGAGCAGCCAGCGCAAGGGCCUCCGGCACUCGUCCCGCAAGAAGGAGUGGAUCAAGAAAGACAACGCCUUUGACCGAAAAGAAGGGGGCAAAGACAGGGACGAGGGUGAAGGGCUGCCCAAUGGUAUCCUGCUGGGGCCCUUGUCCAAGUCUGUGGAGAGGAGUCUGGCUGGGGCCUACGGGGCAGACCUGCCCUACCCGUGUAAGGAGGAGGUAGAAAACGGUAAGGAGAACAGUGAUGACAGUGGCCAGAGCGAGAGCGAGAGCGGCGGCCAUACCAGUGCCAACUACGUCUACCGGCAGGAGGGGUUUGAGCCAGUGGCCUAUGGUGACAACCUGUAUGUCUGCAUUCCCUGUGGCAAAGGCUUCCCGAGCUCUGAGCAGCUCAAUGCCCACGUGGAAACGCACACCGAGGAAGACCUUUACAUCAAGGAGGAAGGCACAUACGGCAGCAAGGAUGAAGCUGAGGAUUUGUCCAACCCCAAUCAGUCCUACGCUGCGGAGUCCCGGCCCUUCAAGUGUUCGGUGUGUGAGAAGAGCUACAAGGAUCCGGCCACGCUGCGGCAGCACGAGAAGACUCACUGGCUGACGCGGCCCUUCCCUUGCAACAUCUGCGGCAAGAUGUUCACACAGCGUGGCACCAUGACACGGCACAUGCGCAGCCACCUGGGGCUCAAGCCCUUUGCUUGCGAGGAAUGUGGGAUGCGCUUUACCCGGCAGUACCGACUAACAGAGCAUAUGCGUGUCCACUCAGGAGAAAAACCUUACGAAUGUCAACUGUGUGGUGGGAAAUUCACCCAGCAGCGCAAUCUGAUCAGCCACCUGCGAAUGCAUACCUCUCCCACAUAAGCCAAAGACUCCAGAAUGAGCUUCAAGCCCAU